GCAGCUAAAAUGCUACAUUCUAGGUUGAGGCAUUGAAAAAUAUACACUGACAUGGGAAGUCUUACUACGCCUCCCCACGACAGGAAUGGAGUUGAAGCAACUUUCCCUGAUCAACAUAAUGUGUCGAACUCGCCUGCACACCAAAAAUAUAGUUUACUCGUUAUAAUCAGUCAAAUUCACCACUCACCCAAGACCAUCUGACAACAAUAAUCUACCGCAUCAUCUUCCACGUUGAACGUUUUUGAAUGAUAACAGGUUAUACUUUCGGCGGACACGAUGGCAUCUACAUCUUUAAACUCAUUACCUGACGGCGUCGACCCAUCUUAUGGAGGGCUGAAGCUUACUAUUUUCACUUGCAUCCUAUUGGUUGUCGUAUCUCUUUGUGUCUCUCUUCGAUUUUAUACUCGGUGGUUAGUAAAACCACCUUGGGCAUUGGAUGAUGUCUUGGUAUUUGCAGCUCUUGUAUUUCAAGCUGCCUUAGCUGCUAUAUUGUUCGACGCAUUGAGAACCGCUGGGCUGGGUUACCAUACAUCAUAUCUCGAAUUUACGGCUCCUUGGAAGGUGCAAAGAUGGGGAAAGGAGCUGUUUGCUGGGACGAUAGUGUAUCUACUUUGCGCUACAGCCCCGAAAUACGCGAUUUUGCUCCUAUAUAAACGCCUGUUUAUCACAAAUAAGGUUCGGAUUUGUGUCUAUGUAUUGAUGGCAACAUUGGUUGUUUACACGAUAGUGAUGAUUGCAGUGGCACUUGCAGCCUGCAGGCCAUUCGCGGCAAAUUUCGACCCUACGAUACCCGGCGCCAAAUGUAUAAAUAAGGAGGACCUAUAUCGGUGGGGUCCAAUCGUAAAUAUUGCCACUGAUAUUGCCAUGCUGAUACUACCGAUGCCGAUAAUAUGGAACUUGCACACCACCCCUCGUUUGAAACUGGGAUUGACUCUCACGUUCCUGACGGGAAGCCUAGGCCUCAUUAUCUCGAUCAUACGUAUUCCAAUAUUCUUCCAAGCAAACUCAUUCACAGAUGGAACAUACACCGGCGCGGAGUUAAUGAUAUGGACUCAACUAGAGACGGCCUGCUAUUUGAUUUCUGCCUGCCUAAUGACACUGCGCCCAUUGCUUGAGAAAGUUGGACAGUCAAGAAUUGUACAAACGAUCAAAGGCAGCCGACCUGGAGAAGCCGCACGUGGAGUCUUCAAUUCACCCAAGCCUAGCGAUGGCAUGAGCGGAGAAAACAAAGCGUUCGACCUCAAGUUACAAUCCUUGCAACCAUCCCAUCAGAUUAGAAUCCAUGCUCAAGGAUUUCAUCGCCUGAACAACAGUACGGUGGAUAUUGAAAGCAACGAGGUACUGGUUCGCACUGACGUAAUGCAGAGAGAUGAAAAUACACGUGGAUCUAUAAGACGAAGCUCAUUCAAUGGCUGACAGGCAUUUGUACAACUUGGUCUGAAAAGAAGUAAGGGUUGGAUUGGAUCAAAAUAUGCCACUACCCUCUACAGUGGCUAGACAUAUACAUACGCAGAUGGACCUACUGUCAAGUAGAUCAAAAUCUAAAGUCCUGGAUCACAAAUUCAAGAAAUUCUCUUUUCUCCUUAACUCUUUUACUGCUACGUAAAACUGGAUGACCUCUUCAACCCUUUCUUCUCCCCGCAUUACACCUUCACUCCGACUUUCCUCAAAUCCUUUCUAUGCUCUCCACUGCCACUGGAUAAAUUACUUUUCAUCGAUAGAACCACCUAGACAUACACACAAUUAUUAUCGACUUGGCUUUUUUCCGUGAGCUUCUGACCAAAAAUGAGCAAUCCUCUAAUUCUUGUUCCCCCCUCCCUAGUGAAUCUGAAAAAAGAACCUACUCCGAAAAGUCCACAUCUGACCUCAAUUACAAUCAAUCAUUUAAAAGUGUCCUUAUAAUCCCUCCAAUAAAAGUGUGUAUUAACUUGCAACUAUCAAUUUCCAUUUUUGAUAUUUCCAAUUUCACAUCUGUAAUGCAGGAUCUACUUGAACCCUAGCAACAGACGGUAUUCCACCACACCAGAGCCAUUAUGUACAUAUCUCUCAGUAGCAAGAUGUAACAAUAUUUCCAAGCAUCUUACCCCAGGUGCUUUCCGAGAUGUGAGAUACGCAUACCUAUGACGAAGUCCUGUGAGGUUGCAGCAAGUAUCUCGUGUAUAUGAUACAUGGCACUUGCCAUCCAUCUAAAGCAGAUG